GAGUCGGUGUAUGACUUUCUCCCCAGAGAGCUUCAGUUGCCUUCUUCCAGUCAGCAGACCCAACAAAUCAUGAGUCAAACGAGCGGCGGAGAGGCCGGGCCUCUCCCUUCAGCUCCUCUAGCGUCAGGAAGUUUCCUCUGAAGCAGGGAGUGUCUGCAUAUAAAAUGGUCUGCAGUUCUCUGCUUCAUAGGUCAGAAGCUUGUUUUCUUUUGUCUCUGUGGCUACGUUCAGUCCCCAAAAUUCACUUUUGUAGCAAAAAAUAAAAUAACAAACAAACUAAAAAAAAAAAAAAAAGAAGAAGAGCUCCAUUAAUUGGGAUGCCUCUUAUUUUACAUAUAAUUGCUUUGAACUACCCUCUCUUUUUCAUCAUAUUUGCAAAUUUUGGAGCAAGAACAACAUGCUAGGGAUAAUGACAAAUUAACUGAGUCGUUAAUUUUUCUUUUUUCAAAUUAAUUCAAAUACAGAUAAGUUGUACUGCUCUUCUCUGAUCUUGUUUUUAGCUACAUCGCUACUGUGCUUUACAUACCCCACGUGUGCAGACACUCACAUACAAGAUCUAAUGAAAAAUAAGAAAUUUUAUUUGGAUGCAAUAAAAAGAUACUUCAAGAAGAGAGAGAGAGAGAGGAAAAAAAAAACAUAACUAGUUUUUGCUGCUUAAAUGGGGCUGCUAGCCAGCACUGUUGAAAUGCCUGUAUUCACUGUCUAAUUAUUUACACUGUAGAUGCCAUGUCCUCUUCUCUGACCACGGAAGGGCCUCGCAGUGCUUUUUCCACCUGUUCUAGCUCCACCAUGCAUUCCACCCCCCCAGCCAGUGACCAGAACCCAACUCACAACAAAAAUGUGGAUCGGGAGGACGCCAGGGGUACCAGAGUGGUACCGGAGAUUGUUGGAGCAGAUAACGGGAAUGGGAAUGGCAGCGCUGAGGUCGGAGGAGGAAGAGGGGCUACAUCCCAGGAUGCACAGCCGCAUCAUCCAGUGACGCCAUCUAAGCGUCGCACCAUUCUCAACAUCUCCCCACCUCCACAAGACCUCUUGGACGAUAGUCGUAUGUCCUGCCAGGAUGAGGCCCCCCUGGACUCGGAGCAGAGUAACAGUAUAUGGAUGGAUGACUCUCUGUCCAACUUUAGCGUCAUGAGCACUUGCUCUUACAAUGACAAUACAGAAGUGCCACGAAAGUCCCGUAAACGUACCCCUCGCCAGAGACCCGGAAUUAAGACUGUGCCUGCAGUGGAAGCUAGCAUGGACGUGUUCGAUGCCGACAGCGCCAAAGGUCCACACUUUGUCCUGUCGCAGCUUGGCCCAGACAGCAAGACUGGACCGAAAGGAAGCUCCGAGGAUCCUCAGACACCGAAUCAGAAAGGAGGAACUCUUUCAAUGCAGUUCCCACAGAAGUGUGAGGGGAAGGACCUGAAGAUCCUCGUCCAGCCAGAGACUCAGCACCGAGCCCGCUACUUGACUGAAGGCAGCAGAGGAUCAGUGAAGGACCGCACCCAGCAGGGCUUUCCCACUGUCAAGCUGGAGGGCGUGAAUGAGACGGUGGUUUUGCAAGUCUUUGUUGGCAACGACGCUGGGCGUGUGAAGCCUCAUGGAUUUUACCAAGCUUGUAGAGUCACCGGUCGCAAUACCACGGCAUGCAAAGAGGUUGAUAUUGACGGCACAACUGUCAUCGAGGUGACCCUUGAUCCAAGCAACAACAUGACAUUAGCGGUUGAUUGUGUUGGGAUCUUGAAGCUGCGUAAUGCUGAUGUUGAGGCCCGUAUUGGUGUGGCGGGAUCCAAGAAGAAGAGCACACGUGCUCGGCUGGUGUUUCGGGUCAGCAUCCCUCGCUCGGACGGAUCAGUGCUCACACUACAGACUCCUUCAUCUCCAAUCUUGUGUACCCAGCCUGCAGGAGUGCCUGAAAUACUGAAGAAGUCACUCCACAGUUGUCCAGUGAGGGGCGGAGAAGAAGUUUUUAUCAUUGGCAAAAACUUUCUCAAAGACACCAAAGUCAUAUUUCAAGAGAGUGUUUCAGAUGAGAAAUCGUGGAAGUCAGAAGCUGAAAUUGACAUGGAGCUCUUUCACCAGAAUCAUUUGAUAGUGAAGGUGCCUCCAUACCAGAACCAAGCCAUUACUGCAUCAGUAUGUGUGGGAAUCUAUGUGGUAACAAAUGCUGGACGGUCUCAUGAUGUCCAGCCGUUUACGUACACUCCAGAUCCAGGUUUGUUGAAAAACGAUGUUGCUGUCAAGAAAGAGAUGCCCUCCCCAGUGAAGACUUGUUCUUUCGAUGAGCAAAUUAAAGUUGUAGACGGUGCCUUGAUACCUUCCAUGUUGCCUUUAGUGAAGAGAGAAGACAUCACUCCGAUGGAGGUGACGAGCAACCUUCAGUCGUCUGGAGUAUUUAAGACUGGAGACCUCUGUUCAACCCAGCAGAACUCAGAAUUAGCAGCAGGACAUCUAAAUAAAAACAUAGUAUUCAACAAUAACCUGUCUCAGCCUGCAGCUGAUCCUGAAAAAGCCCAGACUAAUGCUUUUACCAAUGCUGAGCCUUUAAGCACCAUCCAGAAGCAGGACAUUGCUCCUAGCAGCUCCUUCCCAUUGCCGACAGACUCCCUGCUCCCGCCGGGCUCACAGCAGUUUCUCAUGGAGCCCAGGGACGGUCUCAGGCAGGAAAGGCCCGGCAGCGGCUCUGGAGCUGUCGGGAGGAUAUGUGUCGAACCUGCACCCCAGCAGCAGCAGCAGCAGCAGCAGCAGCAGCUACCACUCUUCCCUCCGGAUGAAGUAGCCCAGCUGGAAGAGGCAGUAAGGCAUCUUAAAGCUAAAGGAUACUGCCGCUUACCGCUUCAGGCUGAGAGCUCCAUAACCAAACAGCAGCAGCAGCAGCAGCAGCAGCAGCACAUCCAGCACCAACAACAGAUUCAAAAUCAACAAAUUCAGCAGCAACAGCAGCAGCAAAUCCAGCAGCAACAACAACAACAGCAGCUUCAGCAGCAGCAGCACGUUUUGGAGAAUUUACAGCAGCAGCUUUUUCAGUCUCAGAUUCAGAUGCAGUGUGGCAUGUUUCAGGAUGCCUCACAGGGCAAAAAUACAGAGCAUCAAGGUCCAGCACAAGGGGUGGUAACAAACCAGAGAUCACUUUUCCAGCCAGACCAGCAGCAACAGCAGAAUCAGCAGCAGCAGCAGCAGCAGCAAGCAGCUCUUUUCCAACAGGCAAAUGACCUUUGUACUAUGCAGAGUACUUUUCUCCAGCAGACCCCGACUCAUUCUUCACCACCCAUGUUUCACAAUCCCAGCCCUUUGACUGAAACACAAGAUCCUCAAGGAGCUCUGUUUCAGAAAGCUUCCCAGGAGCAGGUCCAGGCUGCACUUUUCCAAAGCACCAUGACAGUGCUCCAAUCCCCAGAUCAACGACCAUCAACCCCUGGACUUUUCCUUCCUCCACCUUCACUGCCCACUCAGCUUUCAACCAGUAAUUCUCAACAGCAGCAGCAGCAGCAGCAGCAGCAGCUGGCUUUCCUUAGUGCUCUACAGUCAUCCUCACCCGAACAACAGUCAGUGUUUCAGGGCCAGGCCCAGAUGUCUCCAAUCCGACAAAGAAGCCCCAUGGAGCAACAGCAGCCCCCCCAGGCUCAGCCCCACACGCAGCCAACCCAGCAGGCAUCUCUGUUUCAGACCAUAUCCCCACAUUCACCCCAAAAUGCGCUGUCCCCCGGCCAGCAGCAGCAGCAGCAGCAACAGCAGGCUGGCCUACUGUUUUGCAGAAAUCCCUUGUCCACACAACCCCCGGCUUCCAGCCUCCUGUUCACCACCCAAGGCCAAAUGACUCCCCUGACCAGCAGCAGUCUAGACUCCCAAGAUCCUCAAAACCCUUCUGCACUCUUUUCUCAAGCCAAUAUGGUGACAGUAAAUCAGCAGAAUCGACCCGAGCCCAUGGCCUUAGGGAAUCCCACUGAUCCGCAGCAGGAAGUCAUGUUUCAGGAGCAGCAGCCCAUGCAGUUGGGUGGCGGCGCCAACACCCAACAAGAACAGCCUGUGGGCCUCUUCAUGCCACAGUCCAAUAUGUCAUCUCUGCAAGGAGGGUUAGCUGCACAGGACCUUGCACAGUCAGCCAUGUUUGCCUCCCAGAACGGCGUGGCAAACCUCCAGACCACCACCACCUCCUCCCCUGUGCAGCAACCUGUCACUCUGUUUCAAAGCGCUGCGAGUGGAAGCAUCAAUCAGCCCAGUCAGCCUCCACAACCGGAACUCUUCCUUUUUGGUAUUCAGAACGAAUGCGGCCAGUUGAUGAGCACUCCUGGAAACACGCUAUCAGAUCAGAUAAUAGCAAUCAGCCAGUCCGGUCAGAACCAAAGAGAGAGCGACGCACGCAUCCAGUCCCUGCUGAGCCAGUCCCUGUCCCAGUCUGGGCCCGUGCAGAGCAGCAUGUCUACUCAGAACAUGGAGAAGAUUGAUGACCUGCUGGUCAGCCUGCAGGAGUCCGGCAGCAAUUUAACACGUUCAUACUAACCUUUGUACUCUUUAUUAUUCACGUUUUUUUUUUGUUUUUUUUUUAACGUUUCACUGUAAAUAUCAGGAAUAAUUGUAAAAUGUACGACAACGAUCCAAACGUAAUCUAUUGGAAACCACAUGCAGGUAAAUGUUUGUGAACUGGUCCUGUGUUAUGUGUUUAGAUUUGGUCACCUCUGCUUUUCUGGUCCUUUAAACUUAUUUGGUAAGAGCUGUGAAGUCGAGCUGCUGGCCUUGCUCAGCCAGUCUCUUCAGGCAUUAAAAAGAGAAAGUGACCCUAAGGAGAAACUAAUUAAUGUCAUCUCUAAAUAAGCAAACCAGGAAUUAGAGUAGAAAUUUCUUGGCUCUGCAUGUUAGGCCAUGUUAGGGAACACCUUUUUGUAACGUAAUGACUGAUUGACUCCUCAGUUGAGCUGAAACUCUAAUGAAUAUGUGGAAGGACUCCAGGUGAGUCUGUUCAGAGAAGUAGAAUUCAGCUAUUUAGCUCCAGCUUUCUGUUUUUAAAGACUAUUAACUUAAUGAGCUUGGAAUUUACCUAACUUCCUUUCUGUCCACAAGUGAGUCGACAACAAUGUUAUCUGUAACAUCUGUCGGUUCUUUUAAUGUUUUCUAAAAGUCUCUGAAGUUGUUAGUGAUUUCCGUGAAUGAGGCUCACCUGAUUUUUCUUUCUUUCUUGUAUUUUUGUUGGAUGGACGAUAACGCAUGUGGUUUAACAGGAAGAUCUGGCUGGAUGGUUUGUGUGGCAUGUGUGGUUGGCAUGGAAACCAUCUGAUGUUCACAUGGUUCAGAAAGUGUGUUGAAAGAGAGGCGUAGAGAAAUAAGAGGCCAAAGAACUGUAGAAACGAAGCUAAAGGUUUUAGUGUAUUGUGUAGAUUUUCCUCAAUCCUCAAUCCCCAUCUGAUACUAUGAAUCUUAAUAGUAUCAGAUAAUGGUCAAAAGUACGGUCAAAAUCUUUCUGGUAGAUCUCAAAAAUAGAUUUUUUUUUCAUGAAUAACAUGAUAUACUGUUGGUCAGAUGGGGGUUAUACUGUAUAUUGGUUUUAUUUAGUAUCAUAGUUUGCCCUCUGCACAAGCAGAAAAUUGUUCUACAUUGCUUUUGUCUAGGUACAGUCAUGCCUGUAGUACAACAGGGAAGCAAAUAAUUGAGAAAUAUCUUCUCCUAUAUUUUGAUAUGUUUCAGCUGAAGAGAUUUUACUAUACUGCAGCCUGUGAAGACUGUAUGGUGCUGAAAAUGUAACAAACACCAGCUGAGACGGACUUACAAGUAAAAUCAGCAGUUUAUGUUGCAAUUCUUUGUCCCCUCUUCUCACCACAGUGAUUGGUGCUUUUGUUUUUUUUUUGUUUUUUUUUUACCUCCAUCACACAAUUCGUCAUUGUUUACAGUGAAAACAGACAUUCAUUUAUUGAUCAGAAGUUUUUAGUGUUUGUCUAGGUGAACAGACUAGCAAAACAUCUGUCCACUAGGCUGUUUCAUUCAGCGUGACUAAAUUAAUCACAGCUGGUUACUGUAUGCAAAAAAAAAAGUUUUAACUUAUUAGUUUUUGUUGUCAGACCCAAAAACAUAUUCAUUUUUAUACACUAGAAAACUGGAUAAAUUUAAAGUCUUUUAAUCAAGAUAGUAAUGUAACGUGUUAUUAUUUUUGCCAUGAUGAAGAUCAUUAAGUGUAUGCGUCAUUUGAUGCAUCACUUCCUGACACAUGAACUGGAAUGUUAUUCUGAAAUUAGCGAGAAAAGAGCCAGUUCUGUAAAUGCAAAUGUAUUUGAUGAAUGUUGAUGAGAAUCAAUCCUUUGUUGACUGUACAUCUCAUCCAAGUUUUGGUAUUAUCAAGACAAGAGCCCAUUUUACACGUUUCAGUUUUACAGACUUAUGUCCUCAUCGGCAGGUAGCCGCUGGGCCCAGGACCAAAGUUUGAAUCGAACCUUGCUUUGUGUAAAUUCUGAUAACCGGCCAGUUUUAUGGCUCAUAAACAUUUUUCUUUUUACUGAUGUGCAGUUUAACUUCAAGAUCAGUGUAGAUAACUUUCUUUUCUUGGACAUUGUGUCCUCAUGUCAACCUUUUCUGUUUUGUUUUUUUCCUCCAGCAAACAAAAACCAUUCAUGUCAUGUGUUAUUUCACUGUAAAUGUAUGCAUGAACAAGGGGCUGGUCUCUGAUGGUAAUAGACAUUAGCUCAGUUUUAUGCCUUAUUGUGGUCUUGUUUUCUAUGUUUGUGUUUUUUACAAACAUGUUAACACCGUUACACUUUAUACUCGCUUUAAAACCAGAAACGGCUACUGUUUUAUGAUGGAGACAAUGUAAACUUACACAGCCGAUGAUGAUAAUAUGAGUAAUCACGUUGUGUGUGUGUGUGAGCAGUUUUCAGAGGUUUUUAAGGGACCUUACACCUGAAGGAAAGCUGACUUUGGUGAGAUGACUUAUCUGAGACUGUCUUUCUUCAACUUGUAAAAUAGAACUAAUAUUUCCAGUGUCGAGUAUUUAUGAGUUUAUUUUCUUUUAUUUGUAGAAAUUCGUUUGUCAUAUAUUUCUUUUUAAUCACUGUAGUGCCUAUGCCUCUUUCCAGAGAUAUAUACAGUUUAAUUAUAUAAUCUAAUUUAUUUGUGGAUUGGUUGUUCUCAAAAUCCCCCCUUGAAGAAAAAAAUUAAACAAAAAUACAUAGUA